AUGCGCACCCAUAUAGGCACAUGCGCACCCAUACAGGCACAUGCGCACCCAUACAGGCACAUGCGCACCCAUACAGGCACAUGCACGCCCAUACAGGCACAUGCACACCCAUACAGGCACAUGCGCACCCAUACAGGCACAUGCGCACCCAUACAGGCACAUGCGCACCAUAGGCACAUGCGCACCAUCAUGCGCACCACAUGCGCACCCAUACAGGCACAUGCGCACCCAUACAGGCACAUGCGCACCCAUACAGGCACAUGCGCGCAGCACAUGCGCGCCCACACAGGCACAUGCGCGCCCACACAGGCACAUGCGCGCCCACACAGGCACAUGCGCGCCACACAGCACAUGGCGCCCACACAGGCACAUGCGCCCACACAGGCACAUGCGCGGCACAUGCGCGCACCACAGCACAUGCGCGCCCACACAGGCACAUGCGCGCCCACACAGGGCGCACCCAUACAGGCACAUGCGCACCCAUACAGGCACAUGCGCACCCACACAGGCACAUGCGCACCCAUACAGGCACAUGCGCGCACAUACAGGCACAUGCGCACCCAUACAGGCACAUGCGCACCCACACAGGCACAUGCGCACCCACACAGGCAUAUGCGCACCCAUACACUCACAAGCACACACAGGCACAUGCGCACCAUACAGGCACAUGGCACGCCCAUACAGGCACAUGCACACCCAUACAGGCACAUGCGCACCCAUACAGGCACUGACGCAGCCCAUAACAGGCACAUGCGCACCCAUACAGGCACCAUGCGCAGAACCCAAGAACAAAAUACAGGGCAAAAAUACAUGCUAACACCCAUAUCCACUAUAGUGACACAGUCUCACACAUCACNGUGUGAAGUAGUGUAG